AUGGAUCUUCAAAGUAUUAUUUGCCUUGUUUCCUGCGUGGUACUAAUUGCAGUAAUCACUGUAUUUUAUUGGUUCUAUGGUGCGUUCAGGCACCCAGCUUGGGCAAGCUCAUUCAUGGUUUUCAGUGCAUGUAUUCCUGUUAUCAUUGUUUCUGGCAUAUUGCCUUAUGAUAUUUCCCUUAACUUGUUCGGACAUACAAAUGAAACACCAAAAGUCUUAUACAUUUGCCUCGAAAUUUUGUACUGGACAUCAUUCAUUCUAACUUGGAUUAUUGUUCCAUUUGCCGUAUCAUACUUGAGUUACUCUCACUCAAUAUCUAUCAAACACCGCAUAUGGUUCGUUAUCCGAGAAAAUUUAAUCUUUUUCGGCGUCGCUGGUGGUCUUGUCUUAAUUUUUGGUAUAGUUAUGAUUGCUACUAAGAAGCUUGAUCCCAAAGGCCUCUUCAGUUUAGCCAUAGCUCUUGGCAAUGCCUAUGGUCUGAUCCUUCAAUGCCUCGCAUUUGGAUAUGCAUUCGUUAAAGUGCCUAUGAACAUUUGGAGAAAUGCAGAUCCGGGCUUUAAAUACAAAAACAGCGUUUACCAAUUAUUCAAAGAAACAAAACGCUGUGCAGCAGCUGUUGCUGAUGCAGAUGCAGCAUUGGACCAUUGGAGAAGAUGCAGAGAAAAUAUUGAAGGCGAAAUGGCCGAAAAAUACCUCGAUCUUGGAAGACCAAGAGCAGAAAACAUCGAUUUGCUCAAAUCUGCGCUCCCUAUCCCAGAAAGGUUCUAUACAUCACAAUGCACAAACAGAAAGAUCAACGCUGUACGUAAAAUUGACUGGAAACACUGUACCGAAGCCAAUAUUGAAGAUUUCUUCUAUUUGAUGGACCAAACAGCCAACGCCCUUGAUCAAUGCAAGAACUACGUUAACUAUACAGCCGUUGUUGCCGAAAAAUCCCUUGCAAAAUUCAAAAAAUCAGUUGAAUCCGGCAAAAAGGCCUCUAUUACGAAAAUUUUAAUCAGAGCGGCCGAUAUACUCUUAAUGGUACUUAUAGGAAUCUCAUUUUACAACGAAAUUCUCAUGAUUCCUUCAAAACAAAAAUACACCCUCUUCAACUACCUUUCUCAUUGCCAUAUGUCGCAAUACAUCGGACAGAUCCUAAUUACAUUCCCGCUAAUCUCUUUCUACCUCUUUUUGGGCGGAUGGGCUUUAGUUCAACUCCGCAUUGGAUCUUUCUACCGUUUCAUUGCUCAUGCUUCUAAUGGCAAUACACUUAACUACUGGGCCAUUUUGAUCGCUCGUUUUGGCCCAACAGUCGGAUAUCAUUAUAUGUUGCAAGUUGGAGCUUCAAAUGCAGCUUUUGUUAAGGUCAUGGGUAAUAUGAACGAUGUUUAUUUCAUUGGUAACUCUUUCAACUACAUUUCUCCAUCAAUUAUGAUAAUUGUUGCAAUUUUUGUUGCAUUUGACAUUUGGGAUAGAAUUAAACCAAAGCUUUGCUGCAAGGCAUUCCACACUUAUCCUAAUGAUGUAUCUCUUGCCUGGGCAAAGGAUCUACAGGUCGGAGAAGAAGUUCUUUGCGAAUUAUCCCUUCAAGCAAAGGAUAUGAUUGAUUCUAACAAGGCAUUUUCUGUUGUUAAUAUCGGUGAACAGAGAACAGCUGAUUAUGUUCCUGUUGAAGACGAACUUAUGGAUUAA